AUGUCUCUCUCUGGCCGCGGCCUCAAGUCCAUCCUUCAAAAAAACCUAACUGAUGUCGUCAUUCUCUCGUCCCUCCGCACGCCCAUCACCCGCGCGAAAAAGGGCGCUUUCAAAGAUGCCUAUCCAGAAGAACUCCUCUCUGCCGUCCUCAAAGCCACUCUCGCCGCGAAUCCGAACCUGGACCCAGCCAAGAUUGAUGAUGUGGCAGUCGGCUACAUGCUGGCUUUCAUCCAACAACCGGCUUCUGCACAGUCAACCGACAAUGUAGCUCAGGACUGGCCGCCAUUACAAUGGUGGCAAACAGCGAGGAAUUACGGCAGCAGAGCCAUCCCCACGGUGCUGUGGCCGGAGUUGAGAGAUUCAGACAACGGUGAUGCAAGAGCUUGCAUCAUGCCGAUGGGCAUUACGAGCGAAAAUGUGGCGGAAAGAUAUGGCAUUUCCAGGAAUGAUCAGGAUGCAUUUGCUGCAAAUUCCCAUGUCAAUGCCAGCAAGGCUCAGAAGGACGGAUUGUUUGAUGAUGAGAUCGUGCCAGUGACUACAACAUGGCUGGAUCCAGAUGCGCCAGAGCAGCCAGGCAAGGUCAUCAAAGUUGAUAGGGAUGACGGCAUAAGACAAAAUGCUAGCCUGGAGGGGAUGAGAAAGCUGAAGCCGGCAUUCAAGGAAGACGGUUCUAGUACCGCCGGGAACAGUAGCCAAAUUUCUGAUGGUGCAGCGGCAACUCUGUUAAUAAGACGGAGUGUAGCCAUCGAGUUGGGAUUAUCAUCAAGCAUCCUUGGUAAAUGGGUGGCAACCCAAACCAUUGGAUGCCAUCCUGAUGAAAUGGGCGUCGGUCCAGCAGUCGCGAUUCCAAGGCUGUUAGAUGUGACCGGGUUACAGACCAAGGAGGUGGGCAUCUGGGAGAUCAAUGAAGCGUUCGCCAGUCAGGCUUUAUACUGUAUCAGAAAGCUUGGAAUCCCUGAAGAAAAGGUUAAUCCAAAGGGUGGAGCCAUUGCUCUGGGUCAUCCACUGGGUGCAACUGGGGCAAGACAGCUGGCAACUCUAUUGUCAGAAUUAGCAAGACAAGGCCAGGACGUUGGUAUUGUAAGUAUGUGUGUAGGGACUGGAAUGGGCAUGGCCAGCAUGUUUGUCAGAGAGUAA